AUGCCAAAUAAUUUAAACAGUAGUGCUACCAAUGGCAAUAGUACAUCCUCAGCGGUUAACCCGGCUAUUCCACAACAAUACCAACCAUUACCAUAUCCAUAUAGCACACCACAUCAACAACCGCAACAGCAUAAUCUUCAAGCAUACAGUACCAGCAGCCGUCCAAACAGUUCACCAUCACCAACCAUUCAACCUCAACAACAACCAACUCCACAAUCUGGACCUGGGUUUAGAUUACCAUCUAUUCAUUCAUUAGACAUUCCAUCAUUCCCAAGCACAAAUAGACCGUCUAUACCUCAAAGCAACACUGCCCAAUAUUUACCACCAUUUCAAUACAACAAAACAUCUCCAAAAGUAUUAUUCCCCAAACAAGAACAACAGCAACAUAGCCAAGCUAGUCAUUUAAUGAGUCCAAUCUCAUCUCCAUACAAUUCAGAAGCAUCAAUAAUGUCAAGAUCAAGAAGUUCAUCUGAUCCAAUCAGAUUCAAGAGUGAAUUUGCAUCUCCAUCUCCAUUAAACCAAUCCGCAGCUCAAAGACAACCACAGUAUUUGCAACCCCCAUCACCUCCAUCUAUGAUGAUGCCAUCCCCACAACCACAAUACAACUAUGCUGCUCCAGUUGUCAAUCCCACUGCAAGCAAUGUGAGUAUGAUGAUGAAUACUGAUUCUUCUUCAGAUGAAAUGAUGUCAACUGCUCCAACUUCAGCGAAUAGUUCUCCAUCUCCAAUCCCAAGUAAUGCUACUAAUACUGCAGCCAGACGUAAUUGGAAACCACGUAAGAAGAGACAAUGUCCAGAAUGUAAAUUAUUUUUUUCCAAUUUAGCAACUCAUAAAUCAACUCAUUUAAAACCAACUAAUCGUCCUCAUAUUUGUAAAUAUUGUCAACGAGGAUUUGCUAGACCAAAUGAUUUAUUUAGACAUGUUAAAUGUCAUUGGAAAGAAAUUGGAAGUGAUAAAGGACAAUUCAAAUGUCCAUUCAAAUUACUUGAAGAUGGUAAUACUACUGGUGGUACUGAUCAUUGUUGUCAUAAUACUGGUAUUUUCAGUAGAUGUGAUACUUUUAAGAAUCAUUUGAAAGCUAUUCAUUUUCAAUAUCCAAAUGGAACUAAAAAAGAUCAAAGAACAAAAGUUAAUGGGAAAUGUAGAAUGUGUCAAAUGGAAUUUUCUAAUGUUGAUGAUUGGUUACUGAAUCAUAUUCAAAAGAAUCAAUGUCCUUUUACUAUUAAUAUUAUUAAUAAGGAAUAA